AUGAUGGCAACAUCAGCUCCUGUUUGGAAGACUCUUCGUGUCUGCCCGGCAGACCCCCUCGCUCUCUCUCACCCACAGGCUAACCACAGCCAAUCACAGGGGUGCAGGGGGGAGGUGUCAGAGGAGAGUCAGCACUUAAUUGGUGAUGGUCUCACUGACUGGAUGACGGAAGAAGUGGAUUUCUCCUCGUACCUCCCAAACCCUCCUUCCCCUCCCUCCUCCACCAAUGCCUCCCUUCCCCCUUCACCUCUUCAGAAUGAUAUCCAGGUGCCCUCUGACUUGGAGGUCAUGACCUCUCUGCUGCAAGAGGAACUCGCACAACUAGAGGACUACUUCCUGUCUGAACCACUGCCAGAGAAAGGGCCGAGGCUGGGAAAAUGCGACAGGGGUCCACUGCCAGCGGGUCCUCAGCCAUUCAGCCAGCUGCCAUAUGCAUCAUACUCGACAUCGAACCAAUCGGAAACCAGCCCACUUCUUGUUACCCUGGCAACCGGUGAACUGGACCUGCUGAGCAUCUGUGGCGGGCCCAUUGGGCGAUCCAAAAUUCCAAGACACGCCCCGUACAGCUGCAGUCGCCCCAGUGGGUGUGGUAGGAAAAGAGUUCCUGACGGUGUGAGGUUCAGUGAAGGCUAUGACAACAGUUUGUUGAGUUCCAAAGGAAGUAACUCAGGUAACUCCGCUGUGACCCUUACAGGGAAUUAUGGCUGUGUAGAGGACGACCAGCUGCUAGGGAAAAGUUACUGCCUGGGUAGUGCAGUCGAGGUUAGACGAUGUGGCGCUUUACCCAAAGACGAGAAAAAUUGCUGUUUCACUCAAGAUGUGAUAGGUGGUGCGAAGGUUGUUGGUGGUGGAUUUGGUUUUGGUGGAACACUGGAUGUCCCGCACAAGAAAGAGGAUCUGUUGAUGUAUAGCAUGAGGGAGGUCAGCGGAGGCACUGCUAACAACGAGGUGCUCAACAGUAUCAAAACUAGCGUGGAGGUGACAAAAGCCACCGUUUCUUGGAAAACCGAGGGCGAAGGCUGUUAUCUUCCAACAACGCCACAGUCUGAGGCCUAUCAUAGCUUCUUAGGCAACAUCAACGAACAGGUGAAAUCAGAGGGUCUGCAGAUUGCUCAGCAUGAUCUACACUGUAAUUUCCUUGAAGAUCAGGGCCCAGAGUGUCUUUUAAUGGCUAGGGAGAGUCUGAACCUGGAAUCUUCAGGGCACCGACAAGCGUGCAGGCUGAAAGAAGACCACUGUGCUGUGAAAUACGAGGUGGACAUCAUUCCAGUUGAAGGCGGAGAACGCAAACAAAAGAAGCGAGACCAAAACAAAACUGCCGCUCACAGGUAUCGCCAGCGAAAAAGGGCGGAGCUAGAUUCUUUGGAGGAGCAGCUGCAUUGCCUUGAAGGGAGGAACAGGGAGCUCCGGGACAAGGCAGAGUCCGUAGAACGUGAAAUCCAGUAUGUUAAAGACCUGCUGAUUGAAGUUUACAAGGCCCGUAGCCAAAGGCUCAAGCAGGACACAACAGCAUAACACCACACUGCUGCAAGUACACUUACA